AUGGGCCUGUUUACGAAAAAGUCCCGUGAGGCGCUCAGCGACACGCCCAAGCUGUCUGCCCUGGCACAACAGCCCGACCUCCCCGUUCUGAGUCCCCCUCCGCUUCCUGCAGCGUCGCAAAGAGCCGUUUCAGGGGGCUCGGUCUCCUCUCUCAAUGAGCCCAAGGGAUACACUUUGCGAGGCAAGCUGGGGCUGGCCAAGGCUCCACAGAACGUAUUUGACGGGUUUGACGGCGCCCAGGUGCCGGACGGAGCUUCUGGAUACAACGACUCAAUCUACGAUGAACAGCUCCCGGACGACGACGCAAGCAUCUACGACAGAAGCAGAUACGAGGAGAGCGUCUACGGAGAUGAGAGGAAUGCACAGAAGCAACAGCCACCUCAGUCGGAACACUCCUCGUCGAACAAUACAGACUCCAAUCUGCCACCACCAAUCAACACCUUUGUUCAGCAUGGCACUGUUAAGCAGUACACUCCUGAGUUUGGAGGGGCAGAGUUUCCACCCGGAGGAACUGAUGGCUCGUCUCAUUCGCCCCACAGCUCGCAAUUUGCAUCGCCUACAGGAGAGUUUCAUUCAAACCGAAGUUCGCCCGUAAAGCCGCCCCCUAUCACUAUUCCAAAGGGAAGAUCGUCUCCGCUCGCCUCUGGGAAGUCGCCCAUCGGGAUCUCUUCUUCUUUUGGAAUGAGCCCUUCUACUAAUCAAAUUAGAAGCCCACUGGGUUCUCCUUCAUACAUGCUUCCUACAUCUACUUAUGGAGAGUCACCCAAGGGCAGUGGUAUGGCUUCAGCAGCAGCAGCUCUGGCGAUGGGAGUAUCCUCGUUCAAAACCCCUCCGCUGGCCCAGAAAGCCCAAUUCGGCUCUCCACAGACCUUUUCAACUCCCUCUCAAGCAUUGGAAAGCACCCAUCCUGCUGAUCACGUCAACUGCUCCCAUGGAGGUCAUUCACACUCACAUGCUGCCUCUCCUGGGUCCCCUCGAGUGACUUCUCCCACAGUAAGAUCUCCUCCACCUCCUUUGGCUCACCCAGGCUACCCCAAAGAACACUACAUUGCGAAAAAGAAGAGUUCUGAGGCCCUUGGAGAGGUGCUACCUGGGAGAGAUCUCUACGCCGAAGCCAAGAAUGACUACCCUUAUCCACUUACUCCGGCUGACCUUAAGACCGCCCCUUACCCUACCUGUUAUUAUCAGAAGGGAUGCCGUGAGAUUGGCCCUCAUUCCCAUGAAGAAGAGGAGAAGGUGGAUCCUGUUUUCGCGACUUUUGACCAGUCAAAGUAUGACGAGAUCCAGCGUGAGUCACGUGAUCAACAAGAGAAGGAGAAGCUCAUGUGGGGCAAAUCGGGUUCCAGCGAUAAGCGCUUGUCUACUGACCAACAACGAGCAGAAUUGUCUUCUACAGGUUCAGACAAGUCUAGAGGUUCAGACAAGUCUAGAGGUUCAGAGCCACAUGAUACGGGAUCUGGAGACUCUGCAUCAAACCGAACAGAGUCACGUGCGGUCGAUUCAUCCGACUCUCGGUUUGCCGAGGCUGAAUCUCGGGCCACAGAGUCUGCGGAAUCCAGGUUUGAGGAGGCCCAAUCACAUCCGGGAUCGUCUCAUGCUGAAUCAGUUGAACCAGAGUACAUUCCAGCAGACUUGCACAGGGCAGAGUCUUCAAUUUACCCUGCUGAAUCUGUGUAUUCUGCCAACCGAGCUGAAGAGACUGAUCCGUAUGCCGAGUCUGUGUAUUCCACCCAGCAGGAGCAGCAAUCUGAGUCAUAUGAUCAGAAUGUGAAAGAGUCCCAUGACCAGUCGACCGACCACCAUCACAAUCCACCUCCCUCGUCCAUCGACGACUUUGACUUCAACUCAGGAGCACACACUCCAACAAACAGACUGCCCUUGGACUCGCCGGGAACGCCAGGAACACCCGAAUUGACACGUGAUUUCAACCGACUGUCUGUGUCUCAUAUCAAGGGUAUGGGCCUACCUCUGGAUACACGGUCGAUUGGUAGUGGUGAAGGUCACGCCCCACAAAACCAUGUCAACCACUCGGUGCAUCACGUGGGACACGAAGCCGAUCUUAACCACGGUCAAGUGACCCACGGCCAGGUUGUUGGAGGUGGUUCUACAAAUCACAUGAUGCUAGCUGAGCCUAGUCAGGCGGAAAUCCUACGAUCUUCUUAUAUUUCCACGGAUUCUGGAGGUGGGUUGAGUCACAUGGGCGGUCCGAUCGGCUCUACGGGUCAUGUGAUGGACCGUCACAUGAUGUCACCGGACCAGGAAGUCUUGGAGGGUCAUGUUAUGGACGAGAUUCAGAUUGACGGAAAUGGGCAUGUGAUUCAGAACCCGAGUCCCGGUCACAUGAACUCCCGCUCUGGCACCAUGAUGACUAACAUGACUGGUUUGAACUCUCCCUCUGCCGCUUACUAUCCUGCUCCAAUUCCCAUGAAUCUGAAGCUACCCCCCCUACUUAGUAAGAAGAAUAGGCGCUUGUCUCGUUCUGGAAUUUCUCCCUUUCCUUCUCCUCGCAAGAGUUCGUUUUCAUCUGCUUUGGACAAGCCUGGAAACCGUUCCUCUUUCAUGUCUCCUUGGUCUCAUACUCCAGAUGGAUCGCUACUUCAUUAUGAAGGCUUUGCGGAGGACUUUGAGCGCUCGGGACGUUCUGUGCAUCGACAGAGUCUUGGAUCGCGGGGUAGUUCUCCUCUGAAGAAGCUGUACCUAUCCGGGGACUCACGUGAAGCAUCUAGAGACGCUUCUAGGGACGUUUCCAGACUCUCCCGCGACUUUGAUGAAGUUUAUGGCGAAUUCGACGAAUCGGCUAUUGAUUCAUCGGACACCGAUUUACGUGAUCCAUACUACAAUCCUCAGAAGCGAGGAAGACGACGAACCAUGUCCCUGACUUCCAUUAAUGUCAACAUGGACAAUUCUGAAGUGAGAGAAGAACUGGACGAGGGCGACGUUGAAGGCGAUGUAACUGAUAUGCAGCGAUACGAAGCUUCUGCCAACGCCUUUACACGUGUUCAUAUCGACUCAAAUGCCAUUGUUCCUCCCUCGGCUGCUGCUGGCUAUGGAAACGGUAUUUCUCCCGGUCUUGAUCAGAAGCCUGGAACUCUAGUCGAAGAGUUGGAGCUGCGGAAGAAGGACAAGAAAGCUGUUCGAGGACAUCUCAAUAAGUCUAUGCAUCAGUAUGCUGCUGACGGCACUGAGACUCCUCUGAUUCAACAGAUUCACGAUUCUCAGUCUGCUUAUGGUUUUGAUGAUAGACGCAAUUCGUUGAUUUCAGACAAGAGAAUGUCCAUGAUGACUGGAAUGUCUGGAAUGACCGGGAUGACGACCAAGGAGCACUCUUACGAGGAUCCCAACCAUCAUAGAAUGUCUCUGUUGGCUCUGGACUCGCUUGCUCAAAUGGAUUACCAGCAGAGUUACUCCAAGCCCGGAGCUGCCCAGAUCAGCAAGCAGUACAAGGCUUCGCGUGAUGACGACGAGCCUCUGCGGGUGCGAAAGCAGCGGUUGAAGCGGCAGUCCCAGCAGCUGCUCGAGCAGCGACAGCUCCAGGAAAAUAUCGAGAAGCAGCGACUUGCGUCGAUCGAGCUGGAGAAGAAGCGACAGGAGGUCAAACAACAGAGACGCAACCAGUUUGGACAGAAUGCGGCUGCUGCGGGGGCCCAGAAGAAGGGCAAGGUGUUGAUUGGGCCUGGUGGAGAGGUGAUCAGAACCUAG